UCAGUUAUCCGUAAAAUGCAAAUAUAUUUUUUUUUGCAAAUAUGAUGAAAAAACUUAAAAAUAUUAAUGUAUUAGGUUUGGGUUCUCAAAAUACUUUUGAAGAAGAGUUUCUAAAUUUAAAUGAUGAAGAAAUUGAUUAUAUGAAUGAUGAGACCUUUGAUGAUGAAGGGCUCAAAGAGUGGAAUGAAGAAUGGCACGAAAAAUAUUUUAGCUUGGCAAAAGACAAUCAAAAUUCCCUACCCCAUGAUACUAAUUUUUUGACAGAUUUCAAUGAAGCACCACCAGGGAAAGUGCAGGAGGAAUAUGGUACUAAUGUUGUCGCUUCCCACUUUGACUACGAUGAAAAUUUUGAGGAAGAUCUGAUAGCAAACGUUACAUCCUUCGUAUUGGACGAUUACGACAAAAAAACGUCUCUACCUCCCGCUUACUCGCGUACCCCAGAAAUUCUAGACCCGGCGAAUGGGAGUGACCCGUGGACAGGCAUCGCUAAUGUCGACGACGGAAUGCGAGACCCCGCGAUUCUUAUAUCCGAAUCGUCUCUCGACGAUGUUUCGAAACCUGAUCCCUAUACCACUCUAGCGCGGUCAACCUACAAAAGUUCUACGACUCCCGCCGAUUCUUUCUUCGUAAAUUCCGAACUUUCGAAACUCCAAUCGUUUUACGAAAAAUUUAUGAUCGAAGCCUCCGGAUUAUCUUCAAAGGAUGUCUCAAAAGAGCCCGACGCGUUUUCUUUUUCAUCAAAUUUUCCCAUGUUUCCACCUAUCAAUAUUACUACCACCGCGCAGCCGCCUCAACCCAAGUCUGCCCUCGAGAUGACAGCUCGGUUAACGCCUAGGAAUGAAAAGGUAGCUACGAACCUUGCUAACCUGAAUGGCCUAUUUUCGGAGAUUUUUGGUGCUAUCCAUCCUCAAAAGACUUCCAAUUCUGAAAUGUCUUUCAAUUCUGGAAAGUCUUCAAGCCUCUUUCCCCCUUACAUUAAUAAAGAUAGUGGUACCGGUAAAAACAACAUCGGAAAUACGAGAGACAGCCAAAGAGCUGGGAGAACAUAUGAUACAGAUCAUCAUUCAAGGCUAAAUAAACAAGAAGAUGAAAACUCUGCCAAUUAUCGAUCUAGGAAUUUUAAAGACGUCACCAGUGGUUGGCCCGUCUUCCCUCUCCACAAACGUCCGCAGGGGGACAAAAAUUGCUCUAAAAAUUUCCGGGACCCGGCGAAUGACCAAAACGAAAUCAUAGCUAUCGAGUACCCUUUGCGCAAAUCUACCCCGGAACCUAAUAAAAUUUCUUCUAGGGCAGAUCACGAUACUCAUAACAAUUACAACCCUGUCAAAAGCCAAAAUUCCGCCAGAACCGUUAAUCAUAUAAAUGGUCAAAGAUUUCGGAAUGAUCAAUUUGGAAGAGAAGAUAGGAGUCUCAGGCCGAGACUUAAAUCUGACUCCAGAUCCAGAAAUGUCGAAAAUAAUCGGGCUGACCCUUACGCUGACCUGAUGAGCAAAAAGGAGAAGAACUUGAUCCUGAAGAUACAGCUUUUCCAGUUGCAAUGCGAUAACCCUUACCUAGAGGAUUACUAUUACGCAAUGAGUACGAUGAAGCAUAUGCUAACUAAAGAGAAGGACGUUGUCUUCACGUGCCCCACUCGAAAUGAGUCGCCCUAUAUGGACCACUGCCAGAUGGGACCGAAUGAGCAAAAGGAUCUCCUGCUGUUCGACAUAUCCAAGUUCAUAGUUCCUUCAAAGGAUGUCGACAUCUUCCACAACAACAGGCAACAAAUCGCCCCCACCGAAAGCGCGGAGAUAAAUAGCGACGAUAAAAGCGGGGUCCUAACAAACGCGGGCGGAAAAGAGGAAAAAGCUAAAGUUUUAGAAAAUGAGAUCAGCCUACCCGCGAGAAACGAAGAGCGGCAAAGAAUCGAUAAAGAUUCAAAUAAUCAAAUAAUUGGCGGGGACCAGAAAAAUGGCGAUCAUUCGUUUGGCAAACAAUCGUUCGCCACUAUACACCAACCCCACGUAUUACUGGAUAUCGAAUCGCGCAAGAAUCUCGCUAAGACCGCCAAAACUGCGAACAGUGAUACUCCUACAGACUUGGCUGGAUUCAAAAUGAAUAUCGUCAAAUAUCGCCAAUUGCUACUUUUCAUCGAAAAUCUCUAUUCCGAACUGCUCGAUAUAGACGAUCCCCAGAGAAAAUUGAUAGCCUUAUCACGAGGACAAACCAAGACAAUCUUAAACAGUACGGGGGAAUUAAAAAUCAUAUCCAUAUUCCAAAAAAUAUUUCCGCAUUACGACGACGACGACGACGACAAAACGCUUAAUAAAACAUCGGACAUUGAAAAGAACGCCGGUGGCCCGAAAAAUUUAAACCCCUCCCUUCGAUUCGUCCAAAUGCUUUGCGUCAAUAAAGGGAAAACUUUGGUCGUGAGGUUGAUACCUUACCUGAACGUCAAAUGCUUCUUGUAUCUGAUGACACAAAUUUUACGAAACGCUUCCAUAUUAGCGAAAUGUAACCUAAAGGAUCAAGGAGCACUGUCCAAUGUCAAUCUCGCUCUUUUCUCCUACAUCGUCGAUGACCAAAAUUUAGAAAAAUUUAGUAAAUCACACGUGACCAACAUUUUGAGAACCCUGAACGAAUUUUAUUCCGCCCAAUCGCAAACCGUACUAUUCAACUUGUCUAAUAAAUUUAUCUUUUGCCUCAAUAUUACUAUCCUAUUAUGGGGCGUUAAAAUGACCAGGCAACAAUCAUAUAAGGUUACAAAUGACGAGGAAAUCUAUCUAACCAUGAAAGAUUCGGUAGCCGCGUUCACCAAAUACUUCUCCAAGCUGACAAUCGUCGAUGAAAAUGACCUCAUCGUGGUCAAAGAUUUCGCGCGAGCCCAGGAUCUCUGGGAAGUUUCGAAGAAACAUUUGGAAGAUGUCCUCAAAUUUUGCCAACUGUACAACAACACGGACCUCUUCGCUGAUAAAUUUCGCGAAAAAAUUUUGAAAUAAAUACUACGAGAAAAAAAUAUAUAUAUCUCUGCCCACCCAGCAAUUUUUCUUUUAUAUUUAAAAUUAAUUAUUUAUAAUAAAAUAAUAUAAAUUUAAAUAGGACCUCUUCGCUGAUAAAUUUCGCGAAAAAAUUUUGAAAUAAAUACUACGAGAAAAAAAAAUUUAAUAUCUCUGCCACCAUCAGUUUUUCUUUUAUUUAAAUUAAUUAUUUAUAAUAAAAUAAUAUAAAUUUAAAUAUAUAUAUAUUAUUUGAAAUCAAUGUGAAAAAGUUUUUUAUGUUUUUUUUCCCUUCUCAAAUUUCUAGUGUUGUUAAGUUACUACCUAACUUUAAUUAUCUCCAAUGUGCCUUAUCCAAGCUUUUAGCCUAAAAAAUUGAAUUAAACCUCUAAGUUGAGUCUCGACUUGAAGAUUGAUCCGAUUACUUUUGUAUAAAAAUAUGGCUACUCUGUUUUAUAGAUGACUAAAGUUAGUUAGUUAGUUAGUUUAACAACACUAUAAAUUUCCCUAACUAGUUUUUUUUUUUCUUGGAAUCAUUUGGCGGAGUUUGUUUUUUUAUACAUUUACACCUUUUUACAAUCCCAAAAUCAU